UGGAUGAUCAAUAGGAAAAAUUUGACUUUAGUAACUGCGUUAGUUUUUGGUCGUUUACUUUGUAGUGCUCCAAUUUUCCCGGCAGGUGCACAACUGCCCACGUGUCCACUUGCUAUUCGUUGUCUCUGUGCCAGUACACGUUUCAAUGCGUGUGAUCAGCGUGGAAGAUACUAUACUAUUUAAAAUUUCAGAUAUGCUGACAUAACUGACAAAUUUAAAUUUUCUUCACACCAAGAGAGAGAAAGAGAGAGAGAAGUAGAGAGAGAGAGAGAGAGAAAAAAAAAAAACUGUAAAAAAUUGGUCACAAGAGCAAAAGCAGAUUCUUGGCUGCCAUUUUCAUAAUUUUAUUUUCUAUAAAUAUAUACAAAGAGAUUCUCUUUCAGCUCCACUCAAGAAGAGAAUCUAUCACUUUUCUUGGGGAAAAAGAAAAAAGAGAGAGAAAGGGAAGAAAAACGUAAUUAGUAACCGAUGGCGGUGAAGAAUAACGAAAUCGGCGAAGGCGAAUUUUCCGAGGAAUUGAUGAAGCUGCUAAAAUCGGUUGCUUAUUCCAAUUGGGGAGAUUUAAUUGAUUCAAAAUCAUUGAAUGUAGUUCAUCUGAGCGGUGCAAUGACUAAUAAGGUAUAUCGAAUUAGCUGGCCAACAAAAAUCGAAAGCGUCGCAAGAACGGUUUUGGUUCGGAUCUAUGGCGAAGGUGUCGAUCUUUUCUUUAAUCGAGAAGACGAGAUCCAGACUUUUAAGUCUCUUUCGGGCCAUGGCUACGGGCCUAAAUUGUUGGGGCAGUUCUGCGAAGGGAGAAUCGAAGAGUUCAUUCAUGCAAGGACUCUAUCUUCUACCGAUCUUCGUAAUCCGGAAAUAUCAGCACUCAUAGCAGCAAAAAUGAGAGAGUUUCAUAAUUUGGAUAUAUCUGGUUCGAAAGAUAUUAUCUUGUGGAACCGAAUGAGAAAUUGGCUCGGAGAAGCUAAAAAACUGUGUUCACUUGAUCAAGCAAACGAAUAUCAAUUCGAAAAGUUAGAAAACGAAAUAAACUCGUUGGAGAGAGAAAUAUCGAGGGAUGAUCAAGAAACCGGUUUUUGCCACAAUGAUUUGCAGUAUGGCAAUAUAAUGAUCAAUGACAAGAAAAAAUUCAUCACUAUAAUCGAUUACGAAUAUGCGAGUUAUAAUCCAGUGGCGUAUGAUAUUGCGAACCAUUUCAAUGAGAUGGCUGCAGAUUAUCACACCGAUACACCCCACAUUUUGGACUACACGAAAUAUCCCGGUCUAGAGGAGCGUCGUCGAUUUAUAAAGCAAUACCUCAGCUCUGCAGGCGAAGAAGCUAGCGACGAAAAGAUAGCGAAGCUGGCAGAUGAUGUAGAGAAAUACAGUCUGGCGAACCACAUUUUCUGGGGACUAUGGGGAUUGAUUUCGGCGUAUGUGAACCACAUCGACUUCGAUUACAACGAAUAUGCAAGGCAGAGGUUUGAGCAGUACUGGUUGAAAAGAAGACUUUCCUAAUUCAAAUUGUCUUUA